AUGUUGCUCAAUUCGUGCUUCAUUUCACAUGCUUGUUUUGGCAAACUUGAGAAACCCAAAGGGCCUAAUCUUCUCCCACAGAGAAUUAUUUCCCCCCUCCGAUGUGACGCAACCACAAGCGUUUCUCAAAGAAAAUCAGCCAAUUACCAGCCUAACCUAUGGAAUUACGAAUUUUUGCAGUCUUUGAAGCCUGACUAUGCGGAUGUAAGAUAUGAAGACAAGGCCAGGAAGCUGCAUGAGGAAGUGAGGGCAAUGAUUAUGGAUGAAAAUGCAGAGAUGUGGGCCAAAUUAGAGCUGAUUGAUGAUGUGAAACGACUAGGCCUUAGCUACCGCUUUGAAAAGGAAAUAGGAGAAGCACUCGAUAGGUUUCUCUCUUUCGAAAGAUGUAAUACUACAAUUGUUCGCAGAAGCCUGCAUGAAACUGCUUUAAGCUUCAGGCUCCUCAGAGAAUAUGGCUAUGAUGUCACAACAGAUAUAUUUGAGAGGUUCAAGGACGACGAGGGUAAUUUCAAGGCAAGUCUUAGCAAAGAUGUAAAAGGCAUGUUGAGUUUGUACGAGGCAUCGUUUCUGGGUUACGAAGGAGAACAGAUUCUGGAUGAGGCUAAGGCCUUCACUAGCUUUCACCUUAAGAACCUCGACCAAGGUAGAAGCAGCAGUAUCCUCGUAGAGGAAGUGAAUCAUGCAUUGGAGCUUCCAUUGCAUCUUAGAAUCCAAAGGCUUGAAGCACGAUGGUAUGUUGAAUCUUAUGCUAAAAGAAAGAACGCAAACGGGGUGCUGCUUGAAGCUGCCAAAUUGGAUUUUAACAUUGUGCAGUCAACACUGCAAAAUGAUCUCCAAGAAAUGUCAAGGUGGUGGAAAGGGAUGGGACUGGCCUCAAAGUUAAGCUUUAGCCGAGAUAGGUUAAUGGAAUGCUUCUUUUGGACGGUUGGAAUGGUUUUUGAACCUCAGUUCAGUGAUCUCCGCAAAGGUUUAACCAAAAUCACUUCCCUAAUAACUACGAUCGAUGACGUUUAUGAUGUGUACGGCACCUUAGACGAGUUAGAGCUUUUCACAGCCGCCGUUGAAAGUUGGGAUGUUAAAGCAGUUCAUGUUCUGCCGGAUUACAUGAAGAUAUGCUUUCUGGCACUCUACAACACUGUCAAUGAAUUUGCUUAUGACGCGCUUAAAGAGCAAGAACAAGAUAUCCUUCCCUACCUCACCAAAGCAUGGACUGUAAUGUUGAAAGCGUUCCUGCAAGAAGCCAAGUGGUGCCGGGACAAGCACUUGCCAAACUUUGACGAUUACCUGAAGAAUGCGUGGGUAUCAGUCUCAGGUGUUGUUAUACUAACCCAUGCCUAUUUCUUGCUGAAUCACAACAUAACAAAAGAGGCACUUGAAUCCUUGGACAAUUACCAUGCCCUCUUGAAGACACCAUCCAUUAUUUUUCGACUUUGCAAUGAUUUGGGUACUUCAAAGGCGGAAUUAAACAGAGGUGAAGCAGCAAGCUCGAUUCUGUGUUACAUGCGUGAAAGUGGUGUUAGCGAAGAGAGUGCUUAUAAACACAUCCACAAUUUGCUUAAUGAAACAUGGAAGAAGAUGAACAAAGAUGGAAUCACACAUUCUCCUUUUCCAAAACCUUUCGUGGAAAUAGCUAUGAACCUUGCAAGAAUUUCUCAAUGCACAUAUCAGCAUGGAGAUGGGCAUGGAGCCCCAGAUAGCUCCGCGAAGAAUCGCAUACGGUCCUUGAUAAUUGAACCCAUUGCCCUCAAAGACACAGGGAUCUCAAUUAAUAAUUAUGAAGAUUUAGUUAUUUAUAGUGUCAAAGAUGACAUUAAUUUAAUAGCAAAGAGACGGAACUAA